UCGUUUGGGUGCGGACACGGUCCCCCUUUACAUUUUGUCUCCAAUUUUCAUCGAUAUUAAAACACUUGAUAAAACAUAAAAAAGUACCUUAUCUAUUUAUUUAUAUUAAGAAAAAAAAAAGUGGGAAACAAAUUGCCUACCUACACCUUUUUGAAACUUUUUUAUAAACUCGAAUGUGUUUUGAUCUUGUGAUUCAGUUUUUUAUAAAAACAACAAAAGAAAACGCAACAGAAAUAUUUGUGUAUCAUCAGGGCGUUCCGAUAUACAAAUUGUUCAAAACCGGAUUCUUAAAAUUUGUGAAGUAGAAAUUUAACACUUUAAUAUAUUAUUUUAUCAACGACGACGACGAGAAGAAAAAGUCCUUCAUCGUAUACAAUACGGCGGCGUACGGGAAAACGAAAAACCGCGCAACAUAAAAACUCCAAGUUACGUUACUAAUAGUUGAUUAAAAAGAAACUUAAAUAUUUCUAACAAAAUGGAAAACAUUGAACAACCGGACUUACCCAGUUCAAAAACUAAUAAUACCAAUUGCAACACAAAAAGUAUUGUAUCACCAACAUCAAACACUAAGCCUAGUUCUGGCCGUUAUUGCCAUAUUAUUAAGCGAACAGAUUUCGAUGGGUACGGGUUUAACUUACAUUCAGAAAAAAUUAAGCCCGGUCAAUACAUUGGAAAAGUUGAUCCAAAUUCUCCAGCCGAAGUUGCUGGUUUGCGAGAAGGUGAUCAAAUAAUAGAAGUUAAUGGUGUUAAUAUUGGAUCUGAAACGCACAAGCAAGUUGUUCAAAGAAUCAAAGCAAUUUCGAACGAGGUUCGUUUGUUGUUGAUUGAUCCAAAUACAGAAAGCGUGCCAACAAAUACCAAAACAAUAACUGGCGCAUCUGAAAAAAAUGCUAACAAAAUCAGUACUAACAACAAUUUUAAUAGUAGCUCUACAACAAUACCAAAUUCUGCAGCAGCAACACCAACAACAGUGCCAAUAAAUAUUGAAGCAAAUGUGGCCUCAGAACAUCAAAAAGAUGAAGUUACCAGUAUUAAAAUGGUCAGCAGGAAAUCUCAGUCAACUAACAGCACUGCGUCAGCAGAGGAUGUCACCGAUUCCAAAAGAAGUGUAGAAACAAUCAAUAAUGGUCACCAUGUAACCACAUCAAUAGCCAAUGGAAAUUCUUCUGAUUUAUCUACUUCAAAAGUUCAAUCGGAAGUCGGAAUCGCAAGGCCAACAAUAAUAACAACUCCGCCACCACCACCGCCUUCCCAACAGGAUAUAAUAGAUUCUUCAAAUAAUAAGUCCAUAAUGUCACAAGAUACUGACACACAUCUUCAGAACAUACCAGGUCUUAAUUUGAAUUUAACAGCUGCCGAAAUGAGAGCCAAAUUGUUAGCUAAGAAAAAAUUUGAUCCGAAAAAUGAAAGUGUCGAUUUGAAAAAGAAAUUCGACAUAAUUCAAAAACUCUAAAAAAAUAAAAAAAAACAAUCUUGAAACGUUUUCUUCUUGUAUGUAUUGUACACCAAAUCUAAUUUCAAAUCAAUUCCGUCUUAUUCCAUAUUAUACUGAAUUUAUUUUCACCCUUAAAAGAAUAGAAUUUUUGAACCUCUUAGUCUGCAAACAAAAUCUCGAAAAAAGAUAACACACAAUUAAACUUACAAUGAUUUUGUAUUCUCAGAAAAAUAUUGAAACUGCAUUUCGUCCAUUUUUUUGCGCAUUUCCAUUGAAUUUAUUUUGAAUUUUUCCUUUAAAGUACCGAAAAUGUGGCCAUUUUUUAAAUUUUAAUUUUAAUUAAAAAAAAAAACAUACUUUUCCAUUUAUUAUUCUUAUGCAUGUGCUCGUUAUUAUAAUUUUCUUGUUUCUUUUUAUUUUUGUUUUGUUGUUGUUGGAUGCUUAGUAAUUCUAAAACACUUAAGAAUUAAUAACUCCACUUUUAAACAAAACAACUAAAUGGUGACAUAAGGGAGAAAGUAACAAAUGUAUCUAUAAUUUUUGUAAUUGUAAAAUAAAAUUGAAAAUAUAUUAAAAAUUGUAAAAAAAAGUUUUUAGGCGAAAAUACAAACUAUCUUGCAAUAUAUAAAAAGUAUGUACUUAUAUGAAUAAAUAUAUAAAUAUAAAUCUAAAAAUGUUUAA